AUGGUGUUGACGAGUUUGGUGCUGUACAGUCGUGUGAAUCUUAAAGCGAACGUUUGGUACGACAAAUACUGGCGCCGGCGUCAGCUCUUCUUGCAUUCGGCCCAUUUCUUCCGUCGAGCCCGGAACAUCUACAAAUUAGCAAUACGAAGAUUCCGUCGUUCCAUGGUGAACGCCACUAAAAUGCGUCCCCUGAAGAGGACUGACAUGAGAGAAUUGAACACUGCUAGGAUCAUGGCUGCUUGUGAAGAGCUGAAUGCGCCGUACGACGGGUUCAUGGAAGGAUUGGCGCGUGCUGAUGUGGCACUGGAUCGGAAAACCCUGGCGCAUUUGGCUAAUUGGGAACCGCGAACUUUCAAGGGCCUCGUGUCCGUCUCGAGUGGGUUAAAUGACGCGCUUGUCUGCCCGCCACCGGAAGGUGUCAUCACUCGCGGGAUGUUGUGAAAAAUGUGUUCAAAAUGCAGUGUACUUGUUUAGUGA